AUGAGUCAAAUACCUAAUUACCCUGAAGCGCGCACUGGUAGAGAAAAACAGCUUUACAAUGAAAACAACAUUCGACAGGUAGCUGGCUGCAUUCCCAUCGAUCCUUCCACAGGUCGCAUCAUGUUAAUUUCAAGUAGUAAACAUAAAGGCGUGUGGGUCAUUCCAAAAGGUGGAUGGGAGAAUGAUGAGACACAGAUCGAGGCAGCCAUGCGUGAAACCUACGAAGAAGGCAAGACCCACAUACACAAUUUCUUUCUUUCUUUCUUUCAUACACGUACACCUGGAGUACAUGGGACAGUUACUGGCUUUGUUGGCACAUUCUUUGAUUAUCUCUUCAAUGGUGAUCCAAAGACCCAGUUCUGGAUUUAUGAGCUUAAAGUAAAUGAAAUUCUCGAUCAAUGGCCAGAACAUUACAAACGAGAACGACGUUGGUUCACUUAUCCUGAAGCCAUGAUUGCAUUAUCAGCAAAACCGUUAAUGCAGGAAGCUUUGUCAAGGUCAUCAUUGGCACCCAGACCUUCAUCUUAAAGCAAGAAAAGCUUCCAAAUAUUUCCCAGCUUUACUUCUUCUUUUUUUUUUUUAAAAAAAAAUGAUUAUGAUUAUCUAGAGAGAAUGAUAGGAUGGGAUUGUGUUGCACAAGUACACUUUAAAGAAAUUGCUUCUUUAUUAUAGAUGUAAAUUUAUAUAUUAUAUUUACUCACACACUGACAUACAAUAUAAAUGGUUUGAUUCAUUUUUUUGAAAUAUAUUGAUUCAUUUAUUUAUAUAUUAUAGAGAGAGAGAGAGAGAGGGUUGGAAUGUUGAGAUUGGUUGACCGGGGUUGUGCUGUGUUGUGAUGUUGGGAGAGCCGUGUGGUCCUUUCGAGUUUGUAGAUAAUGCAGAUGAUUUGUUGUGACUUUGUAUAUAUUAUUAUUGUUAUUGUUGUUAUUGUUGCUGGUGUUUUACUUGAGCACAAGUGAACUGUUAUUGAGUGCAAGAUGAGACAUACGACGGUCCUCUGUAGCGGCAAGAGCUUCGGUAAUAUUCACCCAGACACGCUCACGAUCAGACUCGGGCCAUGUAUCCAACAAUGUGGGGUUGUGUACUUCAAACAUCCAGUGGUGGGCUGUGAUCUUGCCCUUUUUGUUGGCCUCGGUGUAUGUUCCGAUGCGACGGGUCAUGUAAUUCACGCUCACGCCGGCCUUUUCAAGCAAGAUUCGCAUGGCUGCUUUUUCGGGGUGUUCUGGUGCAGGGUCAGUCAAGCAGUCUCCACGCGGCAAUCUCAGAGCACCGUCUUCUUUCUUGGGGUUAGACAGCAUCAAAAUCUUGUUGGUGUUUGUGUCGAUUACAAUCACACCAAUUGCCUGGCGAAUGACUUUCUUCUUCUUCUUCUCUUCUUCCUGGGGAGUGAUGAUUGUGUGGUUUUCUGGGACAGAAGAAACUGCAAUUCUUGUGGAGCCAGCGGUAGUCAUGAUGGAAUUGAGAU